GGUUGUUAUAUUUAUUUCAAAUGUCAUGUCUUUUUUUAAUUAAAUUACUUAAAGCCGAUUUAUGCAUUAUAAUUGUUCGUUCACUAGAAAAGCCAAUAUGUACCUUAUAACUUUGUUUGUAAUUCUCUGUGCAAGUUUUGCUAAUUUAGAAUUAAUCGAAUUAAACGAAAAUAAUUGGAAAUUAAUGCUAAAAGGAGAAUGGAUGGUUGAAUUUUUUGCACCAUGGUGUCCGGCUUGUAAAAGUCUCUCACCUAUUUGGAAUCGUUUUGCAAAUAGUGCAGACCAGAUUGGCUUGAAGGUUGCACAUGUUGAUGUCACCAAAUCACCAUCUUUAAGUGGACGCUUCUUAGUCACUGCACUACCCACUAUUUACCAUAUUAAAGAUGGAGAGUUCCGGCAGUAUCGUGGCUCCCGCGAUGGUGAUGCUUUCAUGUUUUAUGUGAAGCAGAAGGAAUGGCAAAAAUCUGAACCUAUAUCUUCAUGGAAAAAUCCAGACAGUAUUCACAUGUCCAUAUUGUCUUAUUUCUUCAAGCUAUCGCAUUUGUUGAAGGAUUUCAACACUAGUUUGCAGGAAGAGUACGGCCUUCCAACAUGGGGUUCAUAUGCCAUGCUUGCAGCUGCUACAAUAAUCGUUGGUGCUGCUUUGGGCCUGCUUUUAGUGUGUAUAGUUGACUUCUUAUACCCGGCAAAGAAAUCUCAAAGACAAAGUUUCUUGCUCUCCGAAGAAAAAUCUGGAAGUGCUGUUGAUGAUGAGAUCGUCGAUGAUAUAGAAUAUAAUGAUGAUGAUGAUGAGGCAGAAGACGAUGAAGAGGCAGAUAGUUCUCCGGAAGUUUCUGAAGCUGAAGAUGAAGAAGUCAAACCCAAUUCAUGCAGCGAAUCAGAUGAUGAUAAAAAUGACGACGCUGAAAUGGAUUCUGACUCCAAAAACAAACACCCUAACAAAUCUAGUUCUUCUGAAGUUCGAAGAAGAAACAAUCCCAAAGAAACUAAGUAAAAUCUAAUUUUACUUAUGCACUUUAGACAACAUAAUCUAUAUAAUCUCGGAUUGUUAGUAAAGUUUCAUCACAAUCAUGAUCUUAAUAAGUCGCACAAACACAUUCGUAAAUUUGAAGCAACAACCAUGUGGGCAAGAUCAAGUAUUUGCUUAUAAUACAAAUAUAUAUAAACUCGUAAAUUUUUGUAAUACUUAAAUCAAAAUACUUUACAAGUAAAAAAUAAAAUAAAAAAUACAUUUAUUCUAUUUAAAAAUUCUUUAUUAA